GUAGUGUUUUGUGUUGUGGUGGAUGUUCCAUGUUACAGGUCACUGGAACAAGACCUUUGUGGGAACAAGUGGUCUAUUUUGAAGUCGAAUCCAUGGUGAGAACCGGCUCCAUCAUUAGGAAUAUAUGACUGUAUUGUGAGGAGGCCUAGUGACCAGUCAAAUGAUGUAACCUGGAUUUAUGGACCUAGAGUUGCUCCUCACCAAGACCCAACUUGUAAAAUAAACAGGCUUCACUUUCAAGACAAGCCAACUUAUUUAUCUUGGUGAGGGGCAGCUCAGGUCAUUUACAUGGAGCACAUUGAGGGAAAAGGGCAGAUACUCUUGGAUCCCUUAGACGAUGAAAUAUCAGGAGUUCAACAGGAAAACGAACCUGUUUUUCAUGUUGAGACCCUGGAUCCUUUAUGCCUGGUUUCAAGACUUGAUUUACUGUGUUCAGAUGAAGAAGACCCGGGUAACCUGCAAGAUGAAGGAUAUAUUGGUAGUGAAAGCUUACAAUUAAGUGAAGAUGCAGCACUUCAAACAAUAGCACAUAGUGUUAAAGAGGAUGAUGAAAUACGUUCUGAUUCAAGUCAUUCAAGUGCAGAAGAUGAUUCAAGUCAUUCAAGUGCAGAAGAUGAAAGUUUUAUUGAUCUGGAGGACUGUCCAGGUUUGGACUUCACAGAUUUGUGUAGAGAACGAUGUGAGUGGCCAGAGAUUAUUCAUGAUAGCCAUCCCUACCAUAUGGAAAAUUUAGAUUCAGAACCAGAAUCUUACAUUGAUAUAUAUCCUGUUGAUCAUAACAGUGGCUGGAAUGUGCUUGGAUUUGAAUUACCAUUAAUAACAACUGAAACUCAUUUCCAUGACUCAACAAGUAGUCUUUGUUCACUAGAAAGAGAUGGAAUCCUUGAUAUUUAUUCCCUUGAAAAUAACUCAUCUCAGAGCUCUGAUAGAAAACUACCCUUAACUGAACCACUGCAGUGUGAGGCUUACUUUGCCAACGAUAUCUGUAUGUCUGACUCUGGUCAGAAUAUAUCUGCAGUUUCAUGUGGACUUUCAAGUAAGCUGAUGAUGGUUAUGUCAGAUCUUGAGGGGGUUGUCGUUCAAAAGACAGAAAUAAAUUAUAAAAAUUCAGUAAAUUUUAAUAGGAUUUUCAGUGAGGACCUUUCAUCAGACGCGUAUUACUCUGACCUUAGCUCUCCUAGAGAGGAUCUGUUCUUUAAUUCACUAGGUAGUUUGCAAAAUAAAGGAAAGACAACUUAUGAUUUUAAUGAAGAAAUAAACACUGAUUUGAAUAUUGUAUCUUCGUAUAUAGACAAACCUAGCAGAGAACGAAUUUUAUAUGAUUUAGUUAACAGAGACAAUGAACUAUCUGAAGACCACAGAAACACUUGGCAGGAAACAGACCCACCAGAUGAUACUGUCAGUAAGGUGUUUUUCUCCGAUACUAGUGUUAAUAAUAAUCAUAUCUUAUUUUACAUCAUUCACAAAAUCACUAGUCAAAAAGCUAUCAUCACAUUCCAUGACCUGGAAGUCAUUCAGGAUCGCCCAGGAAAAACAUUUUGCACACUCACCAGUAUAUCAUGGACCCAACAAAGAGGUUUGUGGUUAUUGUCUAACCUGAAACGACUUGGGCUUUUAACUUUUCAUGAAAUCACACCAGAAGUUGUAAUUGUAGAACCAGCUUUACAUGGAUUGGGUGGUUACUUCCAACAUGUGGAACAGGGUCAGCAGGUCUCUGUUAUGGAGAGCAUGCAGUAUGAAUGGAUGCGUGUAAGGAGCUUCUGGUCAUUUCCAAGAAAUGCUGGAGUUUCCUACCUACAGCUGGCAAGAGUAGGGUUUUUCUACACUGGAAGAGUAUCAGAAACUUGCUGCUAUAGUUGUGGACAAGUUUACAAAGAAUGGAGGGAAGGUGAUGACCCACUCGAGAUUCAUUUACGGAUAUCCCCAGAAUGUCCUCACCUUAAUGAGAGGGAAGCUCGAAACAGACCCAUUUAUCCUGAUAUCAAUCAGCAGUGGCCUGCCAUUCCAUGGGAACCCUUACAGGAGGGAGCAGAGGGACCUUCAGCUGAAGCAGCAGCUCCUGUAACGUCCGAUACUUCUGACACUGGCACAGAACCUAACACAUCUUUAGAAAGCCAAAAAUCCAACAUCGCCGUUGAAACAUCACAUGACCGCAAUUCACUAGAUAGACAUUAUAGGCAUUUGUCCAGCCGAGCAGAGCACAGGGAAUCUAGUAGUGAGGAGACACCCCAGGUGGAUAUGUCACAGGUCGUAACUAGACCAGCUGUCCUUGACAGCACACCACAUCUUGUCACUAAAGCACCAACAUCAGUUCCGACAAAUGCUAGUUCAAGUCCAUCGGGUGCUGAAGAGGGAAUGUCUAGUGGGCAGACAGGAGGAGUAGACCCCAAUGUAUCACAACAAGGGGAAACAUCUUCCAGACCAAACCAAGAGGAAUCUCUACCAAGGGGUGUGCCCAGAGCUGACCCUCAGGCUAAUUACAUGCCCCGCUACCCUCAAUAUGUUGUCCAGGCCCACCGAGCAGAAACCUUCCAAAAUGGUUGGCCAGCAUACCUCAACCAAACCGCAUAUGAAAUGUCCUCUGCAGGAUUUUUCUACGCAGGUAACGAUGACUAUUGUCGCUGUUUCUACUGCGGAGGAGGCCUGCGUAACUGGGAGCCUGGUGAUGACCCUUGGGUGGAGCAUGCUCGUUGGUUCCCACGUUGUUUGUAUGUUAAACAGAAUAAAGGAGAAAGAUUUGUGCGACUUGUACAACAACGACAACAAAAUAAUAAUGCACCAUCUCGUCAGGAACCUGUGUUACAACCACCACCAGCAAAUCAACAACAGCCACCUGGGGAUAGAAAUCAACAGCAAGGACCAGCAACUUCACAGCAAAACCAACAAGGGCAACAUGAUGGAGGAGAGACAAAUAAACUUGCUUCAACUAACCAACAGAAUCAAAGUGAACAAGGGGCUACAGCAACACCGCAGAACUUUGAAGAUACAGAAUUGUCAGUGGAUGUGAUGAGCCUUGCAGCUGUGGAAAGUUUAAAGAUGAAUGGUGUAAGCAUAAAUCUCAUAAUGCAAGCACUGGAGAUAUGGAAGAGUCAACGAAAGAAAGCAUACAAGAUGUCUGAUGUGACUUCUAAAGAACUGAUGCAGAUAAUUUUUGACAAAGAAGAAGAAAACAAACUUUUAACCGAAACAAGGCAGUUUGCAUCAUUCUUGGCUCUGAGAAGUUCAGAUGUUAAUCAAGGGAACACCUCAUCCUCAGCAAACAUAUCAGGGGAUUCAUCUCAACAUGAUACAGAAAUGAUGGAGGUGCUGUCACUUCAGAAUGAGGUUGAGGAGAUGAAGCAGAUGUUGAUGUGUUCAGUAUGUGAAGAAAAUGAAGUAACAAUAGCGUUUCUGCCCUGUGGUCACCUAGUGUGCUGUUUUCAGUGUGCACCGGCCAUGAUCACAUGUCCGAAAUGUAAUAAAUUGGUGGAAGGCAAAGUAAAGGUUUUCCUAAUGUAAACCAUAAUCAUUGCAGUGUCAGUGCCAUGCUUCUGUAGCCAUACAGGCCAUCAUUCUAUGACUGGCUCAAUCCAGUGUCAUCUUGGCUUUUUAGUUGAUAUUGCAAGCAAGAAAAAAAGGGCUGUUCACGUUGUUAGCACUGUUUCUCAUAAAUCCUAUACCCUUAUAACCUUAAACUGAAUGGAUUCAGAUACUCGAUAGAAGCCCACUUCAUUUUUUGCUGUAAGAAGCAUCAUACACAUAUUCCUUUGUUGGCCUCCUGUAAUCAUGUCAUUAUUAUUUAUUGUCAAAGUGCAGUAUCAUCCUCUUAUUUCACAUGUAGGAUCCCCUUGAUCCUUAGAUGUGAAUCCUUGUAUUUGUGAUAAUUAGAAAUAAGGACAAAAGAACGGAAAAGGUUCAAUACAGAUCACACAUUAAUGGCGAGCACAAAGGACGAUAUAAGAUCUCUUGUUGUACGAAAGCCUUCACACAUUUGUGAUAUUCAUCGCAUUUGAAUCAUUGUCAUUCAUCAUCUGAUAAACUUCAUCUUUUGGUGAUUGUUAAAGAAAAGACAAAUCAGAUAGGGAAGAUGGUAUAGGUAUGAUUUUUAUAUAGCAUGAUAGAGUAGUUAGAGAAUAUAAUAGUCACAGAACAGAGGUCUUUUCCCAGUACCCCAGUUUCCUCCAACACUAAAAUUCCUUGCACACUUAAUCAGAUCAACAAGAGAGAGAUUAGUAUAACUGGAAAUAAUUUCACAAUUGUUGUAAAAUAGAUAAAGUUGAUCCAUUACCUAACCCUUUACAGGAGAAGUUUGUCUGGGUAUUAUGAUAUAUAAAGAUAAUGCUAGAUGAACACUUGUGGAGUUGGUACCUUGGUUCAUUCUUAGGAGGUACAACAAAAAUGAUCAGUAUAGGGUACUUCUGUGCACUAUCGGUUCAGUGUUAUGUUACACCUGACUAAGACAUAGUUACUCUCACUAGACUAAAUUCUUUGGUAUAUCGACAUGUAAUGCUUCUUUGUUUUGUUUGUGCUUAGCUUUAUUUUGAAUUUGAGCUUAACAGAGCUUUGUUAUUGUAUAUUUGGAUGGGGGGAUGGAGGGGUCAAGAUGACUUAAAUCCAUCGCACUUCGUCCGUCACCGUCCACUGUGCAUUGUGCAUAAACUUUUUCUUUAAAACCCUACUCCUCUUUCUUACCUGGAUGGAUUUCAACCAAAUUUGGUCUGAUGCAUCACUUUGGGUAGGCAAUUACUGCUUGAUUUGACCCCAAGGGACCUAGCUGUUGGCUGAGCCCCUAAUGGGAAAGUAAGGAAAUAUUUUGCUUCAAAAUGCUAUUCUUUCUUAAUGCUUGAAUGGGUUUGAACCAGAUUUGGUCUGAAACAUCAUUGAGAGUUGAGCAUUAUGUCUGAACUUCAAAGACUUGAUUCUACCUCAAGUGACAAUGGGGCGAGCCCCAAAAAGGGAAGUUCAAAACGGUACUCCUUUUUAAUGCUUUAAUUGAUUUCAACUAAAACACCAUCAACAGUGUUUAAUCAUUUCAUAAAUUCAAAAAAGUUGAUUCGACCCCUAGUUAAUAGAAAUUACCUUGAUCCACUUGAAAGGUCUCAGGGAUCAAAUAUGUUGAAAUCUUUAAAUGACUUCUUCUGAAUAACCAAAAGUCCAAGGAUGAUGAUAUAAGGCCUGUAGCAUGCUUGGAUGAAGGGCUACUUACUUGUUAAUAUGAAUGACAUUGACCAACUUUCAAAGUCACAGGUGUCAAAUGUAUUGAAAUGCUUAAGCAAUUUCUUCUCAGUAACUGAAAGGCCAAUAGUCUUUAUAUUGGGCCCGUAGCUUGCUCUUGCAACAAGCAAUACGUUCGGAUUUAUGACAGUUUUGUAGUGCAUGUUUAAAGAAUAUGAUUUCAAGUUUGCAGAAAAUGUCUUGAUGAACCAACAAUGUCUUGAAUGUGAACUGAAGAGUAGUUGAGCAAUAUAUUUUAAGUCUAUUUUGCCACUUUCAUAUAUAGGUCUUUACAGUCAGAUGACCAUUAAGGCCUGUGGGCCUCUUGGUUUUUUUUCUUGUUUUUUUUUUUAUUGUUCUUGUUUGGAUACCUUCCAAAGAUUGUCUACACACAGAUACCAGGCCUGACAUAGCAUACAAAAUAAACAUAAUAAACAACCUCUCCAAAGGUGUUUCUACUGUUAAAUAUCAAUAAUUUCUACUAUUGAAUAUUAACAAAGGCCCUGGCAUGUUGACAAAGAUUCUACAUUCCCAUAUUAUUUCUUGUAAGCUGCAUCAAAUUUAUUCAUACCUUAAACAAGCAUUUAAGCCUUCUAUAACAUCACCUACUUAAACACAUUUAAGCAAGUAUAUCAUAACUUUACUUAGUCAAGCGCAUUUAAACAAGUAUAUCAAAACUUAACUUAUUAAAAUGCAUUUAAGACUGUGAUACAUUAAAAUGUAAUAUAUGCCACCUAUACCAAUAUAUUAAAGAUUACAUUUAGACCAUUAAAGUGUUCUAUCAUCAUCAUUUCUAAUCUAUAGUAAAAUAUUUAAUCCCACAUAAUUUAUUACAUCUAUGGUUGAUGUUUGUUGAGACAUGUAAGAACUACUGAAAUCUGUUUAAAUGGGGCAUUAAAGGAAUCUUUGUUAAACAUAUAACAUAUUCCUGUGUUAAGAUCUAGUAUUCAAACCUUAGAGCCGACACGUAUUUCUGGUACCCUUUGAUUGUUUAAAUGUCUUUACAUGCCAGACAGAAUAAAUGAUAGUUUGGUAGCAGGAAACAGUUAAUUUGCAUCUUCCGUGAAAUUAUUGGUCAUGUUUGAGAUAUACAGGUAUUGCAGUUUGGUUAUGAAAAAUACUUUCUUACAUGUAUUUAUAUGUAUGAACUACAGAACAACUACAUUAAUAGUAGAGAGACAAAAUCUGAGUAAAUAAAAAAUUUCUUCUGAUUUUUGGCAUGUGCUUGCCAUGUUUACCAACUCAAAAAACAGCUAAAAAUGCUGCUAUUUCCUACCUAACACUGAACUGCUUUUACUUGAAUGUUGUUAUGAUUGACAGUAUUUGGAAGAGUUACUGGCCCUUGUUGUGAUCAUAAUGUAAGUCGAGAGGUAUCCUCUCCGUUUCUGACUAAUUUCUUUCCAACUUGGUAGGGUUGUAUUUACCAGUACAUGUGUACUUGAUAUCUUCUUACAGACAAACCUUCUAAAUUACUUAACAUUGCUUUAGAUAUCAAUAAAUACAUACAAAAUUAUUGUGUUGUUUGUUAUCUACUGCCAUGAUAAUCUAAAACUUAAUCUGCUUUAUUAUAUUUGAUCGUUUGUGGUUUUGUUUCAUUCCACUUUUAGUAUUUAUAAGACAAGUAAGUAACUUGAUAAGAACAUCUGUCAUUAUUUGAUGAAUCUUUUGGUUUAAGAUAUCAGGAGGAUUACUUUCACACUUCUUGUAGCAUCAUUAGAAUGAUUGUAUAGCAAUAAAAACUGUGUCUGAUGUAUCCAUCUUAAUUAUAAUGUUUGAUUCAAAUGGUAUAAAAAUCCUGUGUUUUAGUUGAUGUGUAUGAAAAUAAAAAGUUCUUUUUUCUUGAUUUGA